GAAGAAGCAUGGCGAGACAGUUGUCAAGAGCAGCAACAUGCUAACAUAUUACCUGUGAUUCAAUACUUGAAGACCUGUCCUACGCUUGCCGGUGUGUUACGGGUGACGUCUUCUCUUCUUUUUUCUUUUCUUCAUUUUUUGCCAGAAGAUCUAUAACCCCUGACAAACCAGAAAAAGAGGAAAAUGCAGUCCGUGAAGGUCGGUUUUGCGACACUGGCUUCGUCAAGAGCUAUGUGCUCAAGUGGACUUUUCAGUCCUGGUUUCACGAACUUAUCCGCCAUCUGCCGUGUUCAAUGUUCUUUAUAUCAGUCACGUUUCUGUCAAACAGCUUCAAAACCAGAAGAGACUCCAGUUAUUCGCAUCCCUCGCUACAUGCAGCAGAAGAUUGAAAACGUGAAACAGACUCGAGGCAAAAACAAGAUACCCACUGUCAAGGCUGGCAAACUUCUGAUUCAGAGCAAGAACCCGGUCCUAAACCAGUCUGCGGGAUACAUACUCGGUAAGUUUGAGCAGCCAGUUCUCAGCUCCAAAGGAUGGAAACAUAACAAAUCAUUUGGGGACUAUUUCACCAUCAACAACAUCAAGGAUGUGGCACCUUUUGUUGCUGAAAGUCAGACGGAAGACAGCACUGAACAGACGACGACAACAACAACAGAGGCUUUCAGUAAACUCCGCAUCUGUAAGGAGCUGUUGGAAGUGUUAAACAGCAUGAACAUUACCAACCCCACCACUGUGCAGCUACAGACCAUCCCAAAGAUUAUGAGUAGGCGCAACAUUCUGUGUGCUGCAGAGACAGGCAGCGGGAAGACGCUGAGCUACCUCCUACCCAUAAUUCAAAGACUGCAGGCUGAGAAGAAGUCAGAGAUGGAUGCUGUGGAGGGACACAGGAUUCAUGCUGUGGUUAUCGUGCCUUCCAGAGAGCUGGCCGAGCAGGUGGCAGCUGUGUCCAGAGCUCUCUGUGCUCCUUUUGGGUUUCUGACAAAGACUGUUGGUGGUGGGAGAGGCGUAGGACACAUCAAGAGUGUAUUUAAACACAGUCAGCCUGAUAUUUUAGUGGCCACACCAGGCGCUCUGAUCAAGGCUUUGCGGAGACGCUGCCUGGACUUAAGCGAGCUGAGCUUCUUUGUGGUAGAUGAGGCUGACACCAUGUUUGACCCAAGCUUUGCUGAUAUGCUGCAAGACAUUCUGCAACGCACAAACAUUGCAAGAGAUCCCAAGGAAACACAAGGCCUGUCCCGUAAAGCUCAGCUGCUGGUGGUGGGGGCUACCUUUCCUGGUGGUGUUGGGGAAGUGCUCAGCCAGGUGACAGACCUGGGCAGCAUGGUGGUUAUAAAGAGCAAGAUGCUGCACUACCUCAUGCCUCAUGUGAAGCAGACUUUCCUGAAGGUGAAGGGUGUUGACAAAGUCCUUGAGCUCCACCAAGCGCUGAAGAUGCUCCAGCAUGAAAAAGGGGGAGGUCCUGCAGUAGUGUUCUGCAACAAGUCCUCCACCGUCAACUGGCUGGGGUACUCCCUGGAUGAAAUCGGGAUCAAGCACGCACGGCUGCAAGGGGAGAUGCCCGCUGUUGUGCGCACAGGAAUCUUCCGUGGCUUCCAGAAAGGAACGGUGGAUGUGCUGGUAUGCACAGAUAUUGCUUCACGGGGUCUGGACACAUCUCAAGUUCGCUUGGUUGUCAAUUAUGACUUCCCUGAAUCUCACACAGACUACAUUCACAGGGCAGGGAGAGUGGGGAGAGCAGGAGGGGUGGAGGAUGGUGAGGUGCUUAGCUUUGUUUCUUAUGCGUGGGAUGUGGAACUGGUGCAGAAGAUCGAGACGGCUGCACGUAGGAGAACAAGUCUGCCAGGGAUGGAAUCGGAGAUACAGAAACCACAACCCAAAGUAGAAGAUGCUGAGGAGUAAAAGAGAUUCUGUGUAAUUAAACCAGGAACGACUCUGGUCUGAUGGGUUUUUGCAUUUGUAUUGCACAGGAUUUCUAUUAAAAUGUGCAUUUUAUCAUCAUGACAUUUUAAUAGAAGUCAAUGUGAGAAAGACAAAAAAGAGGUGUAAGGUCUUACUGAAGCUAAAAGCGCAGGUUGCUUAGGUCUGCUUGAAACGCCUGUGUUCCGGUCUUGACAAAGCACUUAGGACAGAGUGAGUUCAUCAAGUCAGAAAUAUACACAGCACUAACAGUCUUCUGUGUUUUUGCAAUAUUGAAAAAGUAUGUAGUUGCCAACCACUGAUGUGAAUG